AUGGUGGUGGCUCAAAUUCAACAAUGGCACGUCAGUUGUGAAGAAAUUCAGCGUGGGAGGGGCGUUGAUGUGAACUACCGAUGGAUUAUAGGUGACGCUAGUGUAGACAGUAGGCAUGGGGCUGUCAGUAUGCAAUGUGUUGACGGCGGAUUUAUGCCAGAUGUGAUUUGGAUUUACACUGAAAGUGAGAUAAAUUUAUUGGACAAAACAACAGUGGAAGAAAUGUUGAUGAAGACUUUUGCUUUGAAGUCAUGGCAGGUGGGCGUCUCUGGAAGAUUCAAGACAAAGGAGGAGGAAGACAACUUGGACAAAUCUUAUUUUUCCAAGUUUCAACAAUUGCCAUGGAGUUGCUGUACGAGACUGCCGUCAAGCUUUGGCUUAUAA